ACCCCGGUUACCCGUUUCGUUCUGGACCUCCGACGAUGCAGGUCCUUACGCUGGCCAUCACCGCCGCACUGCUGCCCCAGCUUGCCCUUGUCACCGGGUACAGCGUGCACCUCAACGUCACCUCGGAGUCGUCCGUCGACGGCGCCGUAGCCAGCCGCUCCAAUCCGGUGACGCUGUUUCCCCUGGCUCUGGCACUAGCCGCUCCAGCGAUAGCCGUGGCACUGGGAACCCUGAAGCCCGUCCUUCUGGCUAUGGCGCUGAUCUACCUUACGCUGUUUGGACUCAUCUACGUUCCCGUGGUGGGCGAGCUACUGGAAGCCAGCUUCCGCGCCUUCGACUCUGUCGUCGCCGACUCCGUGUCACCGAGCGUGGGCCAAGACCUGCUUCGAGCCGUGGGCCUCGACACCGAGGCCUGCCGCAUCCGCGCCAUCUGCGAGCUGACCGAGGACGCGGUUCGCAAGUAUCCCAUGGUUGCGGCCAUGCUGCGGUCCCUGACCGCUGCCGUUCAUGCCCACGGGAACAACGAAAAUCUCAUGAAAGGACUGCUGGGUGGACUGUCCGGUCUGGGCUGCGAGGCGCUCUACUCGACGUGUGCUCAGUCGCCGUUCGACGGGUUUCUCAAGACGGCGUCAUAAAUCUUGUAAACAUUAGGUUCUUCAAAUUUAGUCGU